AUGUGCAGUAUCUCAGGUGGACAAAGCGUGGACCUUCCUCUUCGCCCUAGGGCUCGCGUCUGGCUGCCGGCUGAACCUUCCACCUCAAAUGAGAUUGAGGAAAUCCUCAAGUACUGCAAUCCCUCUCUCCCCACGCAUGACUGGAGGGUUAUAAGGCUGGAGAGAACCGAUGAACCAUAUCAGCAAGCGUUGAUAAUGCUUAACGAGGAGUCCAUCGGUCCUCUCAGCAAAACCAAGGGAGCCAUCAGCUAUGUUUUCAAAAUGGUUGUGCUAAAGGUACUCCCAACUGAUACCAGGACUGAUGGCACCCAAGCUGCAGAUGCAGGGGAGAAGGCCGACGGCGUUAGCGAUGGUCAAGCGACCAUAGAAAACGACCCAAACCUCUCGGACGUGGCGAGUUCUGGAGGCGGUUCGUCGAUUGGCGAUUCCGUCUUCAGCCUCGAACAACUGUUUGAGGAGGUGAGGGUCGAUUACGACAUGAGCGCUGAACUGGCGCUCCAAAAGGAGAGUCUGAAGGAUGAAAUUCCUCCAGAUUAUUGCAAUGCUGACAUAGUAACAGCAAAACUGGAGUGCGAUACCGGAAAUGUCUGGAUUAUCUCCGCGUAUAUGCCGCACGAUGAUGCGGUGGAGCCACCUCCCGUAUUGCUAAGGAAGACCUUGGCUGAAGCGUCCCGGAAUGGUGCCGACGUCAUCAUCGGCUCGGACGCCAACUCGCGACACUCGAUCUGGGGCAGCUCUGAUGCAAAUAAUAGAGGCGGAGGUUCUCGACCUAACCCUAGUCUCUCAUGUGAUUGCCCCGCUGAUCUCAAAUUGGAGGGUCCUCGAUGA